UUAUUAAAAUUGAAGCUUGAGGUUACUACGUAAGCUUCCGCAGAGUGUAAACAACGAAGUUCGUUUGCUUAGCUCCAAAAAAGUCUGAAUUUCAAGUAUUUUUUAUUGUGAUGUCUCAUUGAGUAUUUAUGAUAUCUACAGAGGGAUAUCUGUCGAUUAGUUGUUCAAAUGUGGUUUAUUGUUGUCACGGUUGCUUACGGAAACUGAGUAAGAAACAGCGUCUUUGUCCCGUUUGGGCCUUGCUCUUUCCGGACAAUGCUUCUUAUCCUCACUUGAGAGGGCUCAUAACUCUUCGCAUUAAUUGUCGACGACAUGGGCCUAGCGGAAAUGGCGAAAUGACAAAAUGUGUAAUGAAAUCGUUCCGUUAACAAUGUUAAUCUACACAUUUAAAAGAACAUUUUCAACUGUUGGAUGUUGUCAGCAAGUUAACACAGAGACUUGGAAAAGUCGACGAUUAUUUUUGUCAACAAAUGGAAGUCUUAUGAAGAUAAACAAACUAUUUUCUAUAUUUUUUAUACUUUUAAUUUUCAACUUUCAUUUUACCGUCAUCGAAGGAAAGUGUGGGGAUAGUGGCAGAAGCAUUUUAACUUCUUUUAGUGGAGUUAUUUCUGAUGGCAGUAACAGUUAUGUUGAAAAAAGCCAGUGUGAAUGGCUUAUCCAAGCACCUAAUAAUAGAAGCAAGAUUGUACUUCAAUUCAGUAGUUUCGAGACUGAAUGCACAUUUGAUUUUCUGUUUGUAUAUGAUGGCGACUCUUACACAAGCCCACUAAUUGCAAGUUUGAGUGGUGAUGCCAUUCCAGAGCUCAUUGUUGCCAAGUCGGGCAAGAUGCUUGUAGUGUUGUACAGUGAUAGCAACUAUGUUUUAGAAGGCUUCCAAGCAACGUAUCACAUUCAAAAUUGCACAUUGGAUUGUUCUGACCAUGGCACGUGUGUAGAUAACACAUGCACGUGCAACAGUGGCUAUGUAGGAGAAUGGUGUCAGGCACAAGGAUGCCCCAGCAGUUGCAAUACACCAAAUGGAGAGUGUAAUGUUUUCACUAAGGUAUGUGAAUGUGCAGAGGGGUUUGUUGGUGAAGAUUGCAACUUCCAAACAGCAAGUAAUGAUGGAGGGGCAACCUUCUAUCUCCUUUCAUCCUCCAUUAAAAAUGAAUUCACUGGUAGGACAGGCCAUGCAGGAGCAUUCCAUAAAGACAGCAACUCUCUCUGGAUUUUUGGAGGUUUUGAUUUGUAUAGUGCUUUAGACAGUAUAGUUUAUUAUAAUUUCACCAGUAAUAAAUGGCAAAGAGUUUCAUUUGAUAGUGAUUCCAUGAAACCGGCUGCAAGGUAUGGCCACACAAUGACACUGUUCAACGAUAUGCUAAUUGUUUUUGGAGGAUCUUUAAUUAAUGGUACAUUAGUUAACGACCUUUGGCAAUUUAGUAUCCAGUCGCAGCAAUGGACUUUAUUAGAUGAGGGCGUGCUCUCUUCAGCACCUCUGCCAACUACCGACCACUCAGCAGUACUAGUAGAUAAUACUACUUUAUAUAUAUUUGGUGGUAUAACACCAGGAUCAUAUGCAGUUAGAAAUAUGUUCAAGUAUGACCUUGCGGGUCAAAUUGGAUGGGAAGAAGUCAUUCCAAGAGGAGGUAACAUACAUGAAGUUGGGGUCACAGGUCAUAGCUGUGUCUAUCAUAUACAUUCUAAGUCACUUGUGGUUUUUGGAGGUCUUCGUAAACUCAGUUUGAGGGCCAGUUAUAGGACCAAUGAUAUAUAUUUAUUUCACCUUGAAAAAUUGUAUUGGCAAAAAUUAUACCUUGAUGGGAGUAGCAGUGUGCAUAAAAGAGCAUUCCAUACAGCCAACAUAAUUGGAAAUUACAUGGUUGUGUAUGGAGGCAAUGGUUUCAUUGACACAUCUGACACGGUCACCAAUGUGCAGGUGUGCUAUUCUAAUGAUAUUUUACUGUUUCACUUUGGAUGUCAUCAGUGGGUUUUAUGGGAUGACAUCAUACAAGAUUUUUCUCCAAAUACGGAUUUUACAAUAGAUGAUGGCCGUUUUGGGCACACAGCAUCAGUGCGGGAUGACAACACCCUCCUUAUUGUGGGUGGUUACAGAGGAACUGUUCUCAAAGACCUGAUUGCAUUGAAAAUGCCAGGCUCAGUAGCAACCCACCCUCAAAAUGGUACAUCCCAGUGUUUCAGGCAUACAAGCAAAUCAACAUGCUUGGACAAUCCUGAUUGUGGGUGGUGUUCUACUAAUAAUUCAUGUACUUCUUACAAUGAUAGUACGAAUUGUACUUCAUUUGAAGCAGCAACUUGUACCAGUGUUUGUUCUAGUUUGACCUCAUGUGAGAGCUGUCUAGUGUGGGGUCAAGGGUUACAGGAUGACCAGGCUGGAAGUAGGGUCAACAACAGGUGUGGCUGGUGUGUCCAGGAACGCUCUUGUCAAAAUGUUGAUGACUUGUUGGGAAGAUGUAGUAAUGCAAGAACAGAGACACCAACCCCAUGGUGGGGCUCAACUGGAGUAUUUCUUCAAUCUUUUGACCAUUGUAGGACAGAGGACAAACCGCCUGGAAUCACAAGGCUAAUAUAUAGACAUCCAAUCAAUGAAAGCUACCCAGAUGAGGUGUCAAUUCUUUCCAGUACCAGUUCCUCAUUUCGCCUACCAAUAGAUGUUGCCGAAGGGAUUGCAACUGGAAAGGCAGUGUUCUGUGGAUUUUUACACCCAUUGGGAGCAUCUGGGCUAAAUGGUGGUGACGUUCAAGUCUGGAUGACAUCAUCCUCUGCAACAUCUUUACUUUAUUUCAGUACAGAUGAUACUGUUGCAAACAAGGAGCUUGUUGCUAACACAUCUGGAAACGUAGAGAUUGAGGCUGUACGAGCAAGCGGUGAUGCUUUGUUACCUAGGUUACCGGCAGACAGUAAAUAUUACAUCUUCCAAGAAGAGGAGCAAGAAGUGAAAUAUAUAAGGGUUUUCUCGAUUAUGAAGCUGUCUUGGAAUGGCCAUAUAGAAAUGACAGAUCAUCUUUCCAUUGCAAUCGAAGAUGAAUUCUUGCAGCCAUUUUACAGCAUGGUUUGUGAAGACUACAUCACUUGCCUGGCGUGCCUCAGUGACACUAGCUGUGGCUGGUGUUCUGAAAGCAAUACAUGUGAGCUACGAAAUGAUACCGGUAGCGUUUGUGUGACACAAUCAGAUACUUUGGCGUAUCUCAUCUCAAACUUUGAAUACUGUGAAACCUGUAAUGCCCACAUGUCCUGCGUUGAUUGCUUAUCAAGCGCAUUAUGCGAAUGGCUUCCAGAUACGCUGCAGUGCGUGCGUCGUGGUAGAUUUCAAAGUAGCAUGGUUAACCAGGACCAGUGCUCAACCCCUUGCCAUCAACGGACUAACUGUUCAUUUUGCAUUACAUCUAGUGGUGAAUGUCAGUGGUGUGAAAACACACGAUCGUGUAUUCCGUAUGGAGCACACACCUCUGUCUAUAAAUAUGGCCAGUGUAGGCAUUGGUACAAUAGUGUAAUAGAAUGUCAAGACUGCACACAUUUUAACACAUGCAGUGACUGCCUGACGUCCUUUCAGUGUGGAUGGUGCGGUAACCAAAAUAAUCCAACAAUAGGAAAUUGUCAUUCCGGUGAUUAUACUCAGCCGUUUUCCGGCACUUCCUGUGAAUCCCUGAUUGCGUACGACUACAACAUCUCUGCCAGUGAGCCUGCCGACUGGUCUUACCCAAUAUGCCCGGAAGUAGAAGAAUGUCGACUGGGUUUGGACAAUUGUCAUACCAAUGCCUCCUGUAUAGACACUUAUGAAUCUUUCGAUUGCGAGUGUAAUCGCGGAUACAAAGGAGAUGGUGUACUGCACUGUAAUAAAACGUGUUACUAUGACUGUCACUAUGGCCACUGCAGUGGAUCACCUGACUAUGAUUGUAUCUGUGAUGUUGGAUGGACAGGUGUGAAUUGCUCAAUAAACUGCGGAUGCUAUAAUCACAGCACAUGUGUUAAUGGCACAGGCUUAUGUGAUGAAUGCCAAGAUUGGACAAUGGGUGAGUAUUGUGAGCUGUGUGUGCCUGGUAGUUAUGGUGAAGCCACCACUCAACUUGGCUGCCAUGACUGCAUGUGCAAUGGCCAUGGAGAUCCUGAUAAGAGCUAUUGUGAUAACACCACUGGCGUCUGCUUCUGUACGGGGUAUACAAAAGGGGAUAACUGUGAAGAGUGUAUUGAUGGUUACUAUGGCGAUCCCAGGAAUGGAGGUAGAUGUUAUAUGAAGUGUUUUGAGAAACUUGUAGUAACUGACCUGACAUCAUCUGCAUUGGGAUCUCAUGAAGGAGAUGGAGCAGCAACACCAGCUCAAACAUAUUGUACAUGGAUCCUGACAGUAUUUGAUGACCUCUUGAACCCUUCACCUUUGACAUCUGUUCCUAGUAUAACACUCUGUGUAGAGGAUAUAUCAUUGAUGUGUGGGCGUGACUAUGUUUAUGUCUAUGAUGGUCUUCCAAGCUUUAUCACCAAUAGUUCAUCUUAUAGUUUUCUCCAUCUUGCAAGUUUCUGUGAAGCUAACACACUAGAAAAACAGACAUGUGUUCAGGCAACAUCAGGUGUUAUGACUGUGAUGUUUCAGGCAGAUACAAGCUCACAAUCUAGUGGUUUCAAUGCCAUUUUUACUGUAAAUGACUGCCUGUCGGGUUGUGAUGGCAAUAAACAAUGUGUCAAUAAUACAUGCAUAUGUCAGGAUGGGUUUGCUGGUGUCAACUGUGACCUAGAAAUUUGCCCUUUGAACUGCAGCUACAGUCGUGGUCAAGGAACAUGCAAUGAGGACCUGAGUUUGUGUGUUUGCAUUGAUGGUUUUGGUGGAGAAGGCUGCGUCGAGAGCCUAACUGCAAGUUUUGUUACCUGGUCAACAUUGUUUGACCCCAGUAUCAAUACACCCUCUGUUGAUGACCUGUUCCCAUCAGGGGUGAUGGGUCAUAGUAUUGUGGUCAAUGGGGCAGGUGAUUCAUUAAUCUUAUUUGGUGGCUACUCAUUUCAAGAUGGUUCUGUCAAUUCUUUAUGGAAAUAUAACCUUACAAGUUUUAGUUGGAGCAAGGUAGGCAAUAACCAGCUUACUACCCCAAGUGCAAGGCACUUCCAUGCUGCAGCCUACUCAUCUGAUAUUCUCUAUAUCUCUGGUGGGAUCGCUGACUCAGGUGUUUUAAGUGAUUUCUGGAAAUAUGAUAUCAAACAGAAUAUUUGGACAGAACUCCAGGUGUCUCAUAAUAUUGUACCACCUCUUGCUGGCCACACCCUGACUGUCAUUGAUGAUAAGCUGUUUCUCAUUGGAGGAUACUCACCUGAUAGAGGGUUUCUUUCAAAUUUUUUGGUUUAUGACAUCCCGACAGGUGAAUGGGAAAAGAGAACCAGUCAAGGCACACCUCCAACAGGGAUAUACGGACAUUCAACUGUAUACCAUGAAGGAACUGCCGCCCUCUAUGUAUUUGGAGGCUACCGAUUCAGUCUAGACCUAGUGUAUGCUUCAAAUAAACUGUUUACAUUGCGCCCCAGCCUGUCCAGUUGGAGUAUUUUACCAAUAGAAUCAAGUAACGCUCCUUUCUCACAUGUGUUCCACUCUGCUCUCAACAUGGGUGAUUAUAUGGUGGUGAUUGGCGGUGCCACUGAGGAACACAAUGUCUCCAGCACUCUGAUGGCAUACGAUUACUACUGUAAUGUAUGGUUUAAUCUGACACAGAAUAACUUUACUGUUGGACGCUCACCACUGCCAGCAUUCUCAAUGGCCGCCGUGGCAACUUCUGCAAGUACGGCGUACAUAUAUGGCGGUUAUAGUGGUGUGACAAGUGGCGCCCUCUAUAGAUUUAAUUUGCCUGACGAUCUUUGUACGAUUUUCAAUGAUAAAAAAGAUGAAUGUAUUCAAGUACCAGGAUGUGCAUCAUGUGUUACAAAUAGCAGCGGCGAGAUUACAUCAAAUUGUGCAUCAUCUGCGAAGAUGAAUUGUUCCGGGUCCUUUAAUACUCUCUUAACUGGUGAUGUCACAUGUGAAGCUCAUGUCGUGAAUCGUGACUGUCAUUAUUCCGAGUCUUGCAGCGAGUGUCUCGCUGUCUUCCCUGCAUACGCUAAUGCUGCUCAGACUUGCCAAUGGUGCAUGAACUGCACGGAAACUAGCUGUGUGAAGUUGAAUCAACAAUGUCCUCGAGUAAAUCAAUGCAAGUUAAGUACUGUUAGUGAAAGGCUUGUUACAUCGCAUGCUGAUUGCAUUAACACAAUCUGUGAGGCAUCUCAGUGUGAAACAUGUAUUGAGAAUGGCUGCAUUUGGACCAGACAAUAUGAGAGGACAGGUGAGAUCUUACGGUUGUUAUAUAGAGAGCCUGUUGCCACAUGGAAUUGUUUCCGAAAAUCACUCGAAGUUCAAGUUCCUCCAACGAUUACCUUCCAAAGUGCACCGCCUGAUGCAUGCCCAACGCGGUGCCAUAAGCAUCCGGAUUGCCGAACAUGUUUGGAGAGUAGUGGAGCAGAUGGAGGGUGGAAGCAAUGUACCUGGAGCAGGUGGCUAAAUGAAUGUCUGUCUCCAACUUAUAUGCUGCUGCGUUGUGCAUCAGGAGAUUGUGGUGCCAUCAUUUCAAAGAGUCCGGACCUCUGUCCGGUACCCUGCCACAUCAAUACCGUCUGUAUAGACUGUAUCACUAGCCCUGGGUGCGGCUGGUGUGCUGUUGGAGGAGAGAAUGGGGUUGGAGUGUGCAUGGAAGGGGGCUUGUUUAGCCCAACCGGUGGUGUCUGCCAAGGCAAUACCAUCAGUUUAUUUUCUGGAGAUUUGCCAGAGUAUAUGUCAAACUACACUAAUGUUAGUGGUACAAGUUGGUCGUUCUUGGAGUGCCCGCCAGAAAAUGAAUGCCUGAAUGGUCAUAAUAAUUGUGGAGCAACUCAGCAGUGUAAUGACACUCAGACAUCUUACCUCUGCACAUGUAGUGAUGGAUACGAGCCAGCAAGUUCCAGCAGAUGCGUACCAGUUUGUGAUCCAAGCUGUGUCCAUGGCGAAUGCAUCAGGCCGAAUGUUUGCGAAUGUGAAUUUGGUUUUGUUGGUGGUGACUGUGGCGUUAAGUGUAACUGCAACGGGCACAGCGAGUGUUCAGGAAGUGACGAUGCAGGAGUCAAUGACUGCCUACUAUGUCAGAAUAACACAAUGGGAAGCAAUUGUGAAUACUGCAAACCUCUGUUUGUUGGUGAUCCCCGUGACCACGGUGCUUGCAUUAGCUGUACAGAGUAUUGUCACAAGAAAACAGAUGUAUGUUUGACAGAACGAGAGUAUAACUCCACAGUGGAUGCGAGAUUGACUUUAACUCCAGAAGUAGUUGAGAACACAUUCACUUAUGGCCCCUUAAAGAAUGCCUUGUGUGUCAACUGCACCGGUUAUACCAGUGGGCGGAGCUGUGAGACAUGCAUCGAUGGAUAUUUUAAAUAUAAUGACGAUUGCACAAUCUGCAAAUGUAAUGGUCACUCAGCUUCAUGUAACAAGGAGACGGGACUUGGCUGUAGAUGUGACAACAACACACGUACGCCGGAGUGCCCCGAUAGCAUGGCCUGUAUUGAACAACAGUGUUCAAAGUGUAACGAGAGAUAUGUUGGGGAACCAACCAAUGGGCAUCAGUGUUACUUAGAAAUGAGAGUUGAACAAGAUUACUGCUUUUGGUCACAGACUGAGUGUCCUAUCAAAUCGGAAUCUCUCCCGUAUGGACAGUCAUCUUUUUAUGCCGUACAGCCAAAGUUUAAGAACUUGGACAUCCGGAUGACUAUUGAUGUGACCUAUGGCAAAGUUGAUGCUUAUGUGACCUUCAAUCACAGUAUCUUUAUUAUCGAUGUUAAUAAAACGACAGGAAUGCAUACAGUAUCCAUUGACGGUAAUGUUCAGUAUGAAAGCGAGGGUUACCGGAAAAAGCGUGACACAAACUCAAAUACUUAUAAAUAUUAUGAAGUAACUGCUAGAGGAUUGAAUACAUUUGUGACUGUGGAAACUCCCAAGUUUAUAGUUGUUGUGUUUGAUGUUAAGAAUCGGUUAGUGAUAACUUUCCCGUACAUGGAUCAUCCGUUAGAAACAGGGAAGUUCUUUGUGACUCUUCUUGGGAAGAUAUCCGACUACGAUAACAAAACGCAGGGCAUUAUGUACUUUCACCAAGAUCAGUUACACAUUGACCUCUUUGUGUUUUUUUCUGUGUUCCUGGCAUGUUUUUUUCUGGUUCUCGCGUUUUGCGUCAUCGUUUGGAAAGCUAAGUCAGGCCUGGAGCAGCAUCGAAACCAGCAGGAGAGACUGAUUCAGAUGGAGUCGAUGGCUAGUCGACCAUUUGGAAAAGUGAUGAUACUGCUUGAGAGUGGAGAAGAUGAAAAUGAACAAGUGGCGAUGAUGAGGGAGCAACAACAACCAAAGUCCGAGGAUGAUCCUCCGCCUCCAUUAACCAGACGUGAG